UAAAAACAAAGAUGUUAUUAAAUUCACGAGUCGUUCGAGUCAAGAAUUAUAAUACUCAAAAACUGUUCGAGUCAAGAAUUAUAAUACUCAAACUUUACUCGAUUCAUUACUCGAGCUAUUCAAACUCAAAUUCUACCUGUUUAAAAUCAACCCUGUCCACAAUGAUAAACAUAUUCUCUAUAUAAGAAGGCGGACGGUGCAACCCCAAAGUCAUUAUUGUAAAAGCAGCACCUUCCCACUUUUACUAGGCAGGCUUAGAGUUUCUAUGUUGAAAUGGAGGUUGAGAUUACAGAGCAAGGAAGUUUUGAAGUAUACCUCACUGAAAAAAGCAUUGUUAAAGCUGCCAAUCAUUUGCCAACGCCUCAAAGGCUAGCUCUAACAAACCUUGAUCUACUUUCCGGCCGUUUCCCAGUGACAUACCUGUAUUUAUAUCAAAACCCUCAAACUGUUAGCUUUACCUCCAUCGUUGAAUCUCUGAAGAAGUCCCUUGCUGAAACUCUGAGUCACUACUAUCCAUUUGCGGGUCGAAUUGUUCAAAAUCCAUUGACUAGUGAGCCAGUUAUCAUUUGCGACAACAAUGGUGCCCUAGUUGUUGAAGGUCAUGCCAAUAUUUCAUUGAAGAAACUAGACCUUUACGAUCUCAAUCAUUCUUUGGAGGGUAAGCUAGUCUCUAUCAAUCCAGAUUUUCCAUUACAAGUUCAAGUUACAAAUUACACUUGUGGUGGCAUCUCAAUAACAUUCACCUUUGAUCAUGCACUUGGGGAUGCAAGUGCCUUUGGUAAAUUCCUUCUCUCAUGGUCUGAAAUUGCUCUAAACAAGCCAUUAUCUUGCAUGCCCGAUCACCGGAGAAAUAUUUAUCCGCGUUACCCUCCUUCUUAUCACCCUUCCUUGGAUCGAACUUUUGUCAAGUGUACCCUAGAUGAUAUAAUAAACAUGCCAACUACCAACAUCUUGCUUAAGCGCCUUUACCAUAUUGACGUCUCUAGCAUCAAUAAACUGCAACACAUAGCUUGUUCAAAUGGCAACAAGAGAACAAAAAUUGAGGCAUUCUCAGCCUAUGUGUGGAAAAUUAUGGUUGCAACAAUUGACCAAAAGCAUGAGAGGUGCAAGAUGGGAUGGUUGGUCGAUGGACGUGGCCGAAUUUGCCGAGAACAGAACUCAAUGUCAAAUUACAUUGGUAAUGUAUUGUCCUUAGCUGUUGCUGAGGCAAGCAUUGCACAACUCAGGCAAGGGUCCAUAUCAGAUAUUGCUACCAAUGUUCAUGAUGCCAUAUCACAGGUUACCAAUAAUGAGCAUUUCCUGGAUUUGAUUGAUUGGAUUGAGUGCCACCGCCCUGGACUGAUGCUAUCGAAUAUUGUGUUAGGUCGGGGUGGUCCAGCUCUCGUCUUAUCAUCAGGGAGGAGGUUCCCAGUCGCUGAAAUCAACUUUGGAUUUGGAAGCCCAGUACUCGGCACAGUCUGUUCAACCAUACAAAAAAUAGGAGUUGGAUACAUGAAUCAAAGAUCGAGUGCUCAAGGUGACGGCUCAUGGACUAUAUCCGCCAUCCUAUGGCCAGAACUAGCUGCUACCCUAGAGUCGGACCCCAUCUUUGAACCGAUGUCAGAUAGCCAUCUUCAACUCUAAUGUUAUAUUUCCAUAAAUCUCCACCGGUUUCCACUGGUCUAUUAAAAAAGAGUUGAAGUGAGUUUCCUCUUAAAAAUGUAAUUAGAAAAUAGAGGGCAAAGACCCCACUUCCAUGUAUGUAAUGUACUAGGCAGAACGGACACUAAAUUUUAUGUCUAAACUAGCCAGAA